AAAACCCUUUAUUUGUUCUUUCUCGACAACAUUCCAACAUUCUGCAUCUUUUAUUACAUAUAAAGAACACAUUGAUAAUUAAACAUUGAAUCAAAGUGAAAAAGUGAAAGGCAAAAAAAAAAAAGUAGAAAAAAAAAAAUCUUCUUUUUCUUGCUCUAAAAAAAUAUGAAAAAUAUGCCAUCACAUUCCCCCUCCUUCCACCUUUAAGCCCUUUAGUAGUACCCUCUUUUGAAUUCCUGUUGUUCUUCAAUCCUUCUUUCAAAGGCUGAUGUGUAAAAAUUUCAAACACUCUCUCCCAAUACCAUUUCUAUGGACCCCUUCUCAUCAAAUAAUAUUCAUUCAUUUCAAACCAAAAGAACUUGCAGCAUAUCAUAAAGUUCUUGAUCAUUAAUCUCAUACAAUCAUCACAUUUUGAUUCCUCUGACAUAAUAAUGCAAAUAUUAUUAUUUUAUCUUACUUUUCAUUUUUAUUAAUUCUAUGAUUCAUCUUUACACCUUUGUUUUCUUUUCUUUUAUAACAGAGAAGAUAAUUAGGAUUAGUUAAUUAUUAUUGUUAUUUGUGUUUUUUGGGGUGGUUGUUAGUAUAUCAUUUUUCAAUAAGGUGGUUGAUUGUGAAUUGUAGUUAAAAACAAAAGUUACUUGAAAAAGUGGGGAAAAUAACAGGAGAGAGGUUAAGUUACAGGUGGAAAGAGAGCCUAAAAGGGGAGAGAAGCCAAAAUAGAAGAAGUUUUCAUACCAAAAUAAAACAUGAGAAGAAGUUAGUAUAAAAAGAAUGGGAUUUGGUCCAAUCUCAUCUUUCUAAAGCCUAACUCUCAGCCUUCAACCAUAUAUUCUCUCUCCAUAUCCUUAAAAAACUCACUCUCUCACAACUCAACAUCAGAACAACUUAUUGGAUGCUUCCAUUUUUCUCCUGCUAACUGCUACUUUGAGGAAGAAGAAGAAGAACAACAAGGCCAGCUUUAAGGAGAAACAAAUUGAGGACUUCACUGAACUAAAGAAAGAAAAGAACCCUUUCUCUUGUUCUUGUUCUUGUUCUUUUCGGCAACAAGGGUAGGGGUGGGAUUUUUCGGAUAAGUGAUGCGAUCGGGAGGUUGUGCAGCGAAUCAAACCUUCACACCGGAGGCUGCUUCUGUGUUGAAGCAAUCUCUGAGCUUGGCAAGGAGGAGAGGUCAUGCUCAGCUCACUCCUCUCCAUGUGGCUGUUACUUUAUUCAGCUCAAGGAGUAGUAGCCUCUUAAGGCAAGCAUGUCUCAAGUCUCAGCCACAUCAAACUUCACAUCCUCUCCAUUGUAGAGCUCUUGAGCUUUGUUUCAAUGUGGCUCUCAAUAGACUCCCAACUACACCUGGUCCUUUAUUCCAUGGCCAACCUUCACUCUCCAAUGCACUCAUUGCAGCACUCAAAAGAGCUCAAGCAAACCAAAGAAGGGGCUGCUUAGAACAGCAGCAGCAGCAACAACAACAACAUCAGCCAGUACUAGCCAUUAAGGUAGAAUUGGAGCAGCUUAUAAUUUCCAUUUUGGAUGACCCAAGUGUUAGUAGAGUUAUGAGAGAGGCUGGUUUUUCCAGUACUCUUGUCAAAAGUAACUUAGAAGAUUCCUCUGUGUCCUCUGUUUUUCAUUGUUAUGGUAGUUCCGGUGGCAUCUUCUCUUCUCCUUCUUCGCCUUCUCGCACCGAUCAUCAUUCUGAUCAAAGAGAUAACAUGAUUUUCAAUCCAGGGGACUUUUGGCAGACACCGUUCUUGACUCGCUCCUCCGAGCAAAACCCACUUCCCUUUUCCCCACAAAAGAGAGUAUCCAGCACUAAUGUUAUAGCUGAAUCUGCUUCUUCCUUAAAGCUAGAUAUCAAGUUGGUGUUUGAGGCAAUGCUUGGAAGGAAGAGAAAGAAUACUGUCAUAAUUGGUGACUCCAUAACAAUGAUUGAAGGUUUAAUUUCAGAGCUUAUGGGGAAAGUAGCAAGAGGAGAGGUUCCAAAUGAACUAAAAUCCACUAAAUUUAUUGAGUUUCUGCUAUCUCCCGAUUCCUUAAGCUCCAUGAAAAGAGAAGACAUUGAAAUGAAGGUGGCAGAGCUGAGAAGGAACAUUGACUCCCUUACAUCAAGAGGGUGGGGAGCCAUAAUAUAUACAGGAGAUUUGAAAUGGAUGGUAGAAACAGAUGUUAGAGAAAUAGAGGAAACAAGCUUUUCUUCUAGCAAAGAAGCUUCAGGUUUCAGCCAAAUCGAUCACGUACUCGAUGAAAUCUCGAGGCUAAUAUCAUUCCACAGCAUUUCUGGCACAAAGUUAUGGCUAGUAGGAACAGCAAGUUAUCAGACUUACAUGAGAUGUCAAAUGAGACAUCCAACUCUUGAGACUCGUUGGGAUCUUCAAGCAGUUCCUGUUCCUUCAGAUGGAGCACUUGGCUUAAGCCUACACACUUUCAGUCUUCAUGGCUCGAGGACGACGCCUUUUGCUCAGAAUCCAUCACAAGUGUGGGAAACAAAGCCAUUUAGUAUGGGUAAAGAGGGCCAAGAGAAGCUCAGUUGCUGUGACUGUUCUUCCAAUCAUGAUAAGGAAGCUCAGCCAUUAAAGUCGAGCAAAGACCUACCUUCUUGGCUGCAGCCCUUCAGCACCCAACUAUCCUAUCUUAAGAAUCAGGAGAAAUCCACAAUGCAAAGCAACGAAAGUUCAAGUGGAAGCAACUUCCUCAAUACUUGGCCAAAUCCAUUUUCAACCAGGAACGCCAUGUUCCAAGAUUCAAAUACAAUCUGCUUCACCGAACCAGCAGUAAAAAUGUCACGAAGUUCAAACCAAAUGCUUAAGUUUAGACGGCAACAAUCCUGCAUUACCGAGUUCAAUUUCGACAAAUAUCAAGAUGCAACACCAAGCUUGGAUACUCUCAAGAACAUGGAAGAUGAUAACAAGGAAGUAAACAUUUCUCUAUCUCUAGGUGAUUCUCUGUUCAAAGAUCCAAAAGAUUUGACAAUCACGAAGAAGAGUGAAGCAACUACGCAAAGAGAUCAUCUAAUCAAAUCAUUACAAGAGAAUGUGCUUUGGCAAUCAGAAACCAUUCCUUCAGUAGCUGAAACACUGAUGAGUUUCAAAUCAACAAAUGAAGAAUUCUCUUGGAUACUGAUUGAAGGGGAUGAUCAAAUUGGGAAAAGAAGGUUAGCUCGAGCUAUUGCAGAAUCUAUUUUUGGGUCUGUUGAACAACUCUGCAAGAUAAAUGCGAGAGGUAACAAUGACGAAAACCCACCUUCUCAAAUCCUGGAAAACGCCAUGAAAACACAAGAAAAACUUGUGGUUUUAGUUGAAGACAUCGAUCAGGGAGAUCCUCAAUUCAUGAAAUUCCUAGCAGAUGGAUUCCAGGGUGGAAAAUUCGGAGGAAUAGAUGAAAACGAUGGAAAUACUCGGCAAGUCAUAAUCAUUUUAACCAGAGGUGGAAAAGUUCACGAUAAAGAUACAGAUACCAUAAUCCCAAUGACAUUGAAUAUCGCAAUCAAUUCUGGUUUUGGAGCGCUCAGUUUAGAUCAAAAACGAAGAGCGGAAUGGGAAUCCCCAAUCAACACAAAGCAUCAAAGAACAAUCAAAGAAGAGGAAGAAGAUGCAAACCCUAAUACGAUCGAGUCAAUGAAAAUCAACGGGAGUGGGAGCCUAUCAAGGCAAUCAAGCUUUAACAAACUCGACCUAAAUCUGAAAGCGGAAGAAGACGAAGAACAACAAGAAAAAACAGAGGAUAGCAUACCUCUGUUAAGCGAUUCAGAAUGCGCAUCAAAGAACGUCCAAUUUCUGCAGUCGAUUCAGAACCGCUUCGUUUUCAAUCAAACCCCAUUAUCAAGAAGAGAGCAAAGGGAAUGGUUCAAGUGGAAGAUCGUGCGAUCAUUUGAGGGGGUGUUCGGAUCAAAGAAACAAGCGAAUUUCAGCGUGGAAGAGAGAGUGCUGGAAUCGAUUUCAUCAAGGUCGGAUUCUUUUGGGAACAGCGUGUUCGAUAAAUGGUUAACGGAGAUUUUCGAGACGAGCUUGCGAGGAAUUGGAUUUGGCGGGCAAGAAGGUGCUGAUGUGAGGCUGUGUUUGAAUGGAAAGGCAAAGGAAGAUGGCGCCAUUGAAAAUGGGUUUAAAGGAACAGCUUUGCCCCAAAUCAUAAGGCUUUCCUUCAUGGACUGAAUAGCUCCUUCUUUUGCAACCCAUCCAUUGAAAGUUUGAAACAAUGCAAAAAGACUAAACUGUCCUUUUUGUAAUUUUCUUUUUCAGUUUUUUUCUCCCUCUCUUUGUUCUUAAAUCUUAUUAUUGGGGUCUUUUUCUUGUCAUCUCUCUCUCUCUUUUCUUUUUUUUUUUUCCCCUUUUUUUAAUCUUUUUUCUUUCUUUCUUCUCAAUGGGUAAUCCUUGAGAAUGAGUUUCUUUUUUUUUCUUCUUCUUCUUUUUGAAAGAGUUUUUACUGACCUAAUCAACGGUUGUUUUUGGGGGAAGGACAUAAUCAAUAGAG